AAAAUACCUAGUGAAGUAAACCUCAGAUCUCUGGCAUUAUUAAUCAAUUUUCAAAAACUUUCGAGCAGAAUGCAUGUACGAAAUUUUCUGUGUUGCUUGCCCCUAAAACAUGGUGUGGUUUCGGUGGGCGCUGCUUUUGGCCUAGUGGACUUCCUUUUGGGUUGCUAUGGAUGGGAAAUGGUUAUCGCAGACACAUAUCCGGAAUAUUUAGUCGAGUUUUUUAGGACCAUGGACACCCGAGUUUGCGUUGCUGGAUUUUCAGCACUUUUUUGGGUGAUGAUGGUGAUUCACUGUCUUCUCUUAUAUGGCGUGUUCUGUAACAAGUUUGUGAUUAUCGGAACAUGGCUGUUGAUCAACUAUGUCGUAUAUUUGUUUACCCUCGUGACUGUAUUGUUGGAUAGCCUGGCAAUCUUUAGAAUAAUUGCUUUCGGAUACUGUUUGAUCGUGGUGAAAUCCUACUAUGCUGAAAUGACUAUGGUUGAGGAAACAUCUGAUAGCAGCCGAGGAGCCAGCGAUAGUGAUAGUGGAGAAGAGUCACAGGCAUAAGUUUUAGAGCUGAGUUAUAGAUUUGGGCAAACAGGAUUAAGCGAUAAUGAAACUGCACUUUCCGAAAAUGCCGUCAAAAGCCCUGCUCAGACUCAUUAAAAAUCCAUUAAACUCGAUAAAAAAGAGAGGGCGAGUGAGAUGGAGGCUCCAUCAGAAAGAGACAGAGAGCGGAAUAAGCAUUUCUUAAUAAGCUUUACACUCAAAUCUGGAGCACUUGGUGACAGUUCCCAAUGCCUUUUUUUUUUUGGGUUUUUUGCCUUCAAAAAGGGUGAAGUCCACAUAAAAAAACAUACGAAAGUCGAGGGCCGGCCACUUAAAAGCUCAUUUUGUGAGUGCAUUUCGGUGUUGCAUAUGCAAAUAAAUCAUUCCGUUUCGAAUUCAGAUUUCGUGCCCCUCAUGAGAUAUGCAAAAAAUAAAAUCAACGGGUAAAUGAG